AUGGCCGUAUACAGGUUAAACAGAAUUGGCAACCGAGGGAUGUACAUGAACUGUGCCGUGGUCGACAUCACGGACCAGAGCAAGAGCAAGCGCGAUACUCAGGCCGCGGCUACAAAGGGCUUGUCGAAAUAUCCUGAGCUCUCCAUCGCGAACCUUGCCAACAUUAACAGCUGCAAGACAGAGGAAACUACCGAUGUCAUCUUUGGUAAUCCUGGCAAGCGGGUUGCUUUCGGUAACGGUGACACGCCGAGCAACUCUGGCAGUGGUGGUAGUGGACAAUGGACCCCACCUGCUCAGAGCAAACCGCAGCAGGGUGGCGAUUGUGCGACCAAGAUCCAAGACGGGUACUGGCAUCCUGAGUGUUAUGGUAUUCCUUCUUGGACGACCGAGCAACAACAGCAACCGGCACAACAGCAGCAGCCCCAGCAACCGAAGCAGGAUGUACCGCAACCCGAUGCGAAGAAAUCGAACAAAAUGAAGCCGAAUACAAAAGUCGAGCAGCAGCUUGACGCGUACCUGGCGACGCUAUAUGGCAGGGGUCUCGCACGUAGGAACACUGUGCCGGCAGCCGACUACGCCGAAAACUACGAUCAAAAGAAGGAGUAUUCAGCACAGCCGCACACGCACACUCAUACAAAAAACUGCAAGCAUAAGACCACUGGCUACCCUCCUGGCUCGCACUACCACAACCAGGAAGACUUGGAUCCGUACCCCGAGGACGGCAUCGACCACUCAAAUAACAAGCGAUGGACAUCAUACACCAAGCGUGCAGAGGGCCCACGCACACCGAUCCAAUUCCACCGUGGUGAUGAGAGUGCGUACUACCAGCAGCAAGCAUCCACACAAGCAUCUGCUCAAGGGUCUGCGCAGGCGUCUACGCAAGCAUCUGCGCAAACAUCCGGUGGUACUCCAGCGCAGAAGAGCUGGAACGAUGUGAGCGAUUGCGAGAAGUUCGAAGCUUUCCUCCGCCGGAUGGUCGAACUCAGCACCAACAUGGCCUCACUCACCAAAUAUGCUGCCGCUUCGACUGUCAACAUUCCAUAUUACACUCCUGCAUCUACCUACGCUUCCAUUGCAGCUACUAACGCGGAGUACGCACAGAAAGCGAGUAAGGCAUUUGGCGACCCCCUCAACGUCUAUAGUGAUAAGCCUGAGACCGAUCCUGUGCCGCCUGAGUCCGAACCCGAGUCUGAGACCAUACCGUUGGUGUUGGGUGAGCCAGAUAUCUACAAUGGGCUACCUGACUUCCCGGACUUCGAUGUUCCAGACCUAGAUUGGAACUACACCUUCCCUCCGCAAAUCUGCGCCACCCAUUCCUACAUUGCUGCCUGGCUACAUAGAGGAGAUGAUUCAUCUUCCGAUGAGCCGAGCAUCAUCAUCUCUAUUGACCCCAUUGAUCCCAUCGUUGGCUCGGACCCAGACACUUCUACCUUCUCCUGCGUCGAGCCCACUGCACGGAACCCUACAGAAGGACAAACCUUAAAAAAAGAAUGGAAAGCCAGAUACGAGAAAUGCAUGAAUGACCCGACCGCUUUCUGUAUUGAGCCUAUUGGGAGGUUCUCACAAUUACAAGUCCAGUACGAAGAUUGUCUCAAGCUCGAAGCUCUCGACGCCAUCGCAUCCCCCUAGCCCUCCCACGGCAUCUACCCUGACGAGCCAUCAUUCCCAGAUGACGGUAAUGAUGCACCACUCGAAG